UCCCCAAUCGUAUAUGUGAAUUAUGCGCGCCCCGAAUGUCUAUUUACUUAUUUAAAAUUAUUAUUAUUUUUCUUCUCAUAGCUGCUUUAUCUUUCAGUUUGAGGAAAGAUAUGAUUUUAAUAUGUAUUCUGAUUAGGCGCAUUUGUAAUUGAGCAUGGUUGUACUGUCGGAUUUCAUGUAGUUUUCGAUUGCAGCUAGGGUAUGAUGACAUGUUCUUUCUUUUAGGAUUUUUGGGGGAAAUGGGUAUUUUGAGAUAGGGAGUUGUAUAUAAGUGAAAAUGAGUAUCUGUUUUAGAUUUGGAGUCAACUUUGACUGAUUAUUGAAGUUGUAUGUCAUUCAAGUUGGAGGAAACAUUCAUGUGCGUAAGAAAUAUAGUAAUGUUUAAAAUAAAAAAAAAACAUUUUUGUACUGCAAAUAAAAUAUUAUCUGGAAACUUUGGAUUUGUUUCUGGGGAAUGGUGUUCAUACUCUAAAAAAAACAGAAUCUCACUCCUCAGAAGAGGAAACCACCCUCUAACAGUAUUGGUUUAUUUUAAUAUAUUUUUGGCCAGAAUGUAAACCGGAUGAUUCUCUUUCUGUCUAUCAGUUACUAGUAUUUCUUUUGCAUGUGUGUGGUAUGGUGAUAUUUGUUUAUCGUUACUGCUCGUGAUCAUUUAUUUAGUUACAUGAUCUUUGAUUCCUUGUCAUUGUAGGAACGGGUGAUCCAUAAUGUCUGAGAUAAAGUCAUCUGGGAGACCAUUUGAUCAAUUAUUGGAGAAAGUAUUAUGCAUGAAUAUACUUUCUUCUGAUUAUUUUCGUGACUUGUUGAAAUUGAAAACAUAUCAUGAAGUUAUUGAUGAGAUUUAUGUUACUGUCACACAUGUGGAGCCAUGGAUGACUGGCAACUGCCGAGGGCCUUCUACUGCUUUCUGCCUUCUCUACAAAUUCUUUCUUAUGAAGCUCACUGUCAAGCAAAUGCAUGGCUUAUUGAAUCACCCAGAUUCUCCUUAUAUUAGAGCAAUAGGAUUUCUCUAUCUAAGGUAUGUAGCCGAUCCAAAGACUUUAUGGAGUUGGUGUGAACCGUACGUAAAAGAUGAUGAGGAGUUCUCUCCUGGUUGCAAUGGCCGUAUGACAACAAUGGGUGCGUAUGUGAGGGAUUUGCUUCUUGGACAGUACUAUUUUGACACACUUCUUCCUCGUAUUCCGGUGCUGGUAUUGCGCACUGUUGUAGCCAAUCUUGAAAAUAUGAACCUGCCAUCUAAGCACUGUGGAGUUACUGGUGAGACCACUCGUGGAAGUGAAGAGACUGCAAGAAGACCACCUUCUGUCAAGGCUGCCCUUUCUGUCUCUUUCGGUCAACGUGCCCCUCAUCGGACAAUAACUAGGGAUUCAUCUCCAGUUCGGCGUACAGCUAAUCAUUCUUAUGAUCGAGGUAAUGAAUCAAGACGAUCUCCCCAAAAUGGUGAUCGGGAUCAUCCUGGAAGGGAGAGAGACAGAGGCAAGGAUAAGGACGACAACUGUGAUCAAGACAGAACCAGGGAUCGGCGGUAUAGAGACAGGGACGAUGAAAGGCGAAGAGAGCCGGAAAAAGGUAAGGAUAGGAGACAUGAUUAUGACAGAAGAUCCCAAGACACCUACAGAAGGAGUUAUGAUAGGAGGGACCGUGAAGACUACAGGAGAGAAGGCAGUUCUCGUCAGAGCAGAAGUAGGAGUAGGAGUAGGAGCAGGAGCAGGAGCCGGAGUCAAAGUCGGAGCACCCGUGAAUAUGGUAAGCAUAAUUUAAGUGGUCACAAUCCAUUUAGCCAUGAAAGUAAGGAGAAGAGAUCUGCAUCUAGUAAUCUGGCUGAGCUCAAAGAUCUGUAUGGUGUAUCAAGCAAUCAAAAGGAGGUGGCUGAGGCCUCGGAGGGUCGCCCUUACAGGCCCAGUGGUACCGAGGAGGUGAUCAGACUCGGUGGUUCAUCAUGGAGGUAAUGUGAUUUACUUGCAAACAUCAACUCUCUCCUGUGAAGGAAAUCACUUUCAGUUCGAUAUUCGUUGUUAAGUUAUCGCCACUGAUUCAUGACCGAGAAGUAUGGCAAGAGUGUGAUGCAUAAUCAAGUACUGUGUAAUGUAUUCAUGGCGUGAUUAGCAAAUGAAAGGGGAUAUGAGGCGAGAGAUCUUCGAUUAUGACGAUAAAAAAAUUUGGUAACGCUCUUUUCUCAGAUCUUUGCUUCUUGUAAUUUCAACUACUGUAUAAGCCAAUUUUAAACUGUAAUGUGCGAGUACUAUACCUAAUGAGCAAAAUCAGUUUGAACGAUGCUUUGUUUUUUAAUCUACAUUUAUGGUUCUCUCA